AUGGUUCUUAAACUUCGCCACGAUGCUCCUGCCUUUACCGCUGACGCUGUUGUAGAUGGAGAAUUCAAGACUAUAUCGCUAUCAGAUUACAAGGGCAAGUAUGUUGUACUAUUCUUUUAUCCCAUGGACUUCACCUUUGUGUGUCCAACGGAGAUCAUCGCGUUUAGUGAAAAAGCUGCGGCGUUUCGCAAGCUUGGGUGCGAGGUUUUGGGCUGUAGUGUCGAUUCAAAGUUCUCGCACUUGGCAUGGAUCAAUACGCCUCGCAAACAGGGCGGUCUAGGCGAGCUGAACAUCCCUCUCCUUGCCGACUUUAACAAAACGAUUGCACAAGCUUACGACGUUUUGAUUGAUGUCGGCGAGGAAACUGGUGCAACUUUUCGUGGUCUAUUCAUUAUUGAUGGGCAGGGCAAACUGCGUCAGAGCACAGUGAAUGACUGCCCCGUCGGCCGCAAUGUGGACGAGAUUCUGCGUCUGGUAGAAGCUUUUCAGUUCACAGACGAGCAUGGUGAGGUGUGUCCUGCUGGCUGGAAGAAGGGUGGCAAGACAAUCAAGCCAACGGUGGCGGAGUCAAAGGAAUAUUUUGGCGCUUCUCAUUAA